AGCCGCAUCUUGCAUCUGCAUCUGCAUCUGCACUGUAGCAGCAGUAACCACAACCCACUUCCAACCAGGUUCCUCCCCGGCGCAGAGCUCGUCUGUCAUCGCCGCGAGAGAGUUUCCAAAACCUAUUCGCUUCUCGCCCAUACCCCGAGGAAUCCCUUAAUUGAGUCGGCGAUGGCUGCCAGAGUGCUGUUCCAACGGCGAGCUGCGCCGUUGACGGCUGCUGUGCUGGUAGGCGGGAUUGCCUUUUACCCCCGGAUCGCGCACGCCGAAGCUCCUGUGGACCGUCACCUGUCCAAGAAGCCCAUCUACGAUGACGACUACGACGUGCUUCCGGCGGCGGCAGCGGCGGCCACACGGCCCCCUUCCACGACGACAACGACAAAAACCACAGAAACCGCAUCAUCGGUUAUCCCUGUCCUAGCAGAUGCGUCCACGACCACCACCCCGGCAUCCAUCUUCGGCCAGCAGCAGCAGCAGCAUCAGCGAGGCCCGACGCCGACGGACCGGUUGGCAGCACAGGUCCGGCGAGGGCGGCUGUUCUUGCACGCGCAGACGUGCGCAGCCGAAGACGCCGUCAACCAGGCCAUGUCGCGCGCGUUCGACCUCGAGCAGUCCUUCACGUCAACCAUCGCAUCCCUGGCGCCGCCGCGCGAGAGCGGCGAGAAGCUGAUGCCUGGCCUGAUCUACGUGCUGGUGGCGGGGAUGGCGGGCAGCAUCGUGGCGCGCAACCGCAACGUGGUAGUGCGGGCGGCGCUUCCCUUGGCGCUGGGGCUCGGGGCCGCGCGCCUGGCGAUCCCGCUCACGGCGGCUAACGUCGGAGAGCUGGCGUGGCAGUACGAGCGGCGGUUCCCGGCCGUGGCGGACGCGCACGUGCGCGCGCGCGAGGGCGUCGAGCAGGGCAUCGCCUUCGUCCGCGUGCACGCCAACCUCGCGUCGCGCAAGCUGACCGAGGCCGUGACCGAGGCCCGUGAGACGGUCGAGUCUUGGGUCCGUAAGGGGAAAUGAGUCUUUCAGUUCCGCUGUCGAUGGAGAGAGGGGGGGGACAAAAAGGGGGAAGACGGGUUGUUAGAGUGAGCGGAUUAUUAGACGUUCAGCGAGGCGAGCAACCUCUAGCUAGAAGAAUCACCUGCUUUUUACAUAUCCCCUAGGUCUACAAUGUAUCAUAUGGGCCCAGGCCAGGGGUGAAUAUAUUAGCUUUGUUCAGAA